AUGAGCGCAGAAGAAGAACAAUCGCAAUCGGGCUAUGAAGAUGGCCUGGCAGGAGGACCAGGCGCACCAACGCCACUGUCGGCUCUUGAUGGUGUGGCGGGCUUGACGAAAAGAGAUAUACAACUGUUCGUGGAUGGAGGCUACAACACGGUGGAGUCGGUGGCAUAUACACCAAAAAAGAUGCUUGAGACGAUCAAGGGCAUAUCUGAGCAGAAGGCGACGAAGAUACUCGUAGAAGCUUCGAAGCUCGUACCCAUGGGCUUCACUACCGCGACCGAAAUGCAUGCACGACGUAGCGAACUCAUCUCAAUCACAACCGGCAGCAAACAACUUGACACACUUUUAGCUGGCGGGAUCGAAACUGGCAGCAUAACUGAAGUCUUCGGCGAGUUCCGUACAGGCAAGAGUCAGAUCUGUCACACCCUCGCUGUAACAUGCCAACUACCCUUCGACAUGGGCGGCGGCGAAGGCAAGUGCUUGUAUAUCGACACCGAGGGUACAUUCCGUCCUGUACGGUUACUGAGUGUGGCGAACCGAUACGGACUAUCAGGCGAGGAGGUGCUGGACAAUGUCGCGUACGCACGAGCGUACAACAGCGAUCAUCAAUUGCAACUGCUCAAUCAGGCCGCGCAGAUGAUGACCGAGACACGGUUCUCACUCCUCGUGGUGGACUCCGCCACAUCACUCUACCGCACAGACUUCGUGGGCCGUGGAGAGCUCUCAAGUCGACAGACACAUCUCGCCAAGUUCAUGAGAACAUUGCAACGACUAGCGGACGAGUUCGGCAUCGCAGUCGUCAUCACGAACCAAGUCGUGGCGCAAGUCGAUGGUGGACCUUCAGCAAUGUUCAAUCCCGAUCCGAAGAAACCCAUUGGUGGCAACAUCAUUGCUCACGCUUCCACAACACGUCUCAGUCUGAAGAAGGGCCGAGGCGAGACUCGAAUAUGCAAGAUCUACGAUUCACCUUGCUUGCCGGAAAGUGAUUGCAUGUUUGCGAUCACGGAGGAUGGUAUCAGUGAUCCACAGCCGAAGGAUCUGGAGAAGGAUUGA